AUGGGGGAAACCGAACCGAUCAACGCCGGGCGUCUAGUCCGGGUGUUGACGCUUUUGGUAGUAUGGACCAAGACGAAUAAAUACUUUAAGCAUAUCUGGAAGCCACAGAUCGGUCUGCCUGCGGUGUUUGGGAUUUGCAUCAAGGUCAAACCGUACGCAAGUCUGGCCGAGGCACACACGAUGCAGUUCGUCGCUCAACACACAUCUGUUCCAGUUCCCAAGGUUUACUCCGCUUUCGUCCACCGAGGGAUGACGUACAUCGUGAUGAGCAAGAUUGAUGGCAAGAUGGCAUGGAUGGGCUGGGAGAAACGGUCAGAGGCAUCCAGAAAACAGAUACUCAAUCAGCUAUGCGGCAUGGUUUCCCAACUGCGCGCUAUCGCCCCGGCAGAGGGUCUCGGCAUCGCUAAUAUUGACGGUGGUCCUAUCUACGACUGUCGCCUGCCUUGCAAGUCAUUUUGGGGUCCUUUUGCUGCGGUACAGGACUUCCAUAAGGAGCUUGCUAAUGGUGCCGAUUUUGAAGUCCGGUAUGAGAACCAGCCUCCUGAUCUCCAGGAACUCCUUCAUUUCUACCGUCGAUUGGAUGAAGAUCUGGCCUUCACACAUGGAGAUUUGAGCAGCUUCAACGUGCUAGUGAAGGGUGAUGAUGUCGUCGGCAUUGUCGACUGGGAAACGGCAGGCUGGCUGCCCUCCUACUGGGAAUAUACGUCUGCGUGGUUUGUGAGCCCCCAGAAUCCGUUCUGGCAGCAAGAGGUGGACAAGUUUCUGGCUCCCAUGCCGUAUGAGCUGAGGAUGGAAAGUAUACGUCGCAACUACUUCGGCGCUACUUGA